UCCAGUGAGCUGCACUAGUCCUGAGAGCCACCAGCUCAGAGAAGUAGUCCAGCCACUUCAGACAGCAGCUGCAACACAACCAGACCUGCCAGACUCUCCUCACCACCUCCCUCGCUCCCCUGCUCGCCCUGCACUCACCCUGCUGUCAAAGAUCAAAUCACCAAGGCAGUGCUGAGUCAUUUCCUCCCUCUUGUUUCUGUCUUGGUGAGGUGCUUCUCACUCCUUUUGUGAGAGGUCCUCUGAGCUGUGCUGAGCUCAUCCACAUCGCAGCAUCAGCCACAGCAGCAGCUUGUUGCACCUGAGACUCAGAGAGCACAGUGGCGGUGAUGAUGCAGCGCUCGCACACCUUGCUGGUCCUCAUCCUCAUGGUCUUCAUCGCCGGCAUGGUUCUGUCCGGCCCCUCGGCUGCUCGCAGAAGCAGAGUGAGACGUCAGAACAUGAAGGUGCGUAUCAACGCCACAGGAGACACCAUCGUGAUGAAGUUUCUGCGUCCCAACCCGGACACCAAGCUGGAGGGCUACAUCCUGGGCUACGGCAGCAGCAUGUUCUCCAAGCAGUUCAUCCAGCUGCCUGAGAACGGACAGCCCUAUGAGACUGAGAUCGACGCCGAGCCCAAGUACCUCAUCGCCGUCCAGCCCAUCCCAACCAAUGAUGUGAAAAAACAGUGCACAGGUAAAGUGGAAUUGGAAAAGCCACUGCAUUUGGUCAUUGGGUCUGUGACGCCCACUUCAGUGCUUCUGUCCUGGGGCACCCUGCUGAAGACUCCCUAUGAGGGCAACAUCAUGAAUGAUUGCCUUGAGGAUGGACACUACACCGUGCGCUACCGUGAGAGGACCAAGAAGUGGAACUAUCAGACCUGUCCGACCAGUGACACCGUCAUUGACAACCUGAAGCCCAACACAGCCUAUGAGUUUGGGGUCCAGCCCAACUCUAAGGAUGGCAGUGGAGCGUGGAGCAUGCCGGUCAUUCACAACACCAACAUGGGGGAGAAGCCCAUCCAGAAACCCUUUAAACCACUUCCUGUGAAGCCUAUGAAACCCUUCCUGUCAUCUCCGCGUUCCUUCCCCUUUCCUUCUCGCCAUGUUCCUCAAAACAGGACCCAGGGCAGACUGCCCCUCUUGAUCUUCCAGAACUUAGCCCCAAAGACAACUCUUGCUCCACCCCCAACUACUAAACAGGAUUCUCUGUCAACCCCCGGACCCACAAUUCCUCUGGCCGCCAAACAGCCUCUCGGUACUGGCAUCCAGAGAUCAUCCACUGCUGGAGUGCCUCGUUCUACCAUUAGUUCAUCAGUUACUCCAGCAGCCAGAAACAUCACGCUGUCUCACACCAGGGUGUCUCCUUUUUCCAAUCCUAAUAGCAUCAGACCAUUCUCUCCACGCAGGCCAUCCAACUCCUCCCUCAGCUCCAUCACACCUGGGGCCGAUGGGGCGCAUCAUAAGGGCCACGCUCUUCCCAAACCUGUGGUGUGGCCCAAAGAUAAACCUGCUGUAAUUCCUAAGCCUGCAGGUUCCCCUGUAAUUCCACGUGCUUCUCCUGUCAACAAGAGACCCAACCAGGUGGGGGAACCUGGUCACCAUGAUAAACCCAUGGACCUUAAACAGGGAGACAAGGAAUCCAUCUUGAAGCCAUUCCCUCUGGUCACAGCCAAGCCCAAACAAGAGCGCAAGCAGACAACCACCUCUGCCCCAGCAUUCAACAGCAGCCGCUUUGACAUGUUUGAAAACUCCUCUAUAUUCAGCUCUUUGCCUGCGUCAGAGGUAGACGCCAUGGGCAAGAAGCGGUUCGUAGCUCCCCAUGUGAUCUACAAGACAGAUAAGAAGCCGGAUGAGCCGUGCUCCAUCACCUCCUCCCUCAGUUACUUCCCUGACGAGGAGGGCGGUGAGCAGAAUGUGACCGGUCCGCCUCGCGUGCCGCCCUCCAACCUCACUGUGGUUACAGUCGAGGGCUGCCCGUCCUUUGUCAUCCUCGACUGGGAGAAAUCAGACAAUGAAACAAAAGAGUAUGAGGUUGUAUCGAAAACUAAAGGGCCCAAUGGAGAGGAGGUGUCCAUACUGACAACCAACCAGACACACACAGCUGUGGAGAAUCUCAAACCAGAGAGCAGUUAUGAAUUCAAAGUGACGCCAAAGAAUGAGUUGGGAUCGGGACCCUCCACUGACCCCGUCUCCUUUAGCACUGAGUCAGCGGAUCCGCGAGUGAGCGAGAAUGUCUCAGGAAAAGAUGCCAUCUGGACCCAGUUCCCGUUUAAAGCCGAUGCCUACUCGGAGUGCAAUGGAAAGCAGUAUGUGAAGAGGACUUGGUACCGCAAGUUUGUUGGCAUCCAGCUCUGCAACUCUCUGAGAUACAAGAUCUACCUGAGUGACUCACUUAACGGGAAGUUCUACAACAUUGGAGAUCAGACAGGGCAUGGUGAGGACCACUGUCAGUUUGUCGACUCCUUCCUGGAUGGACGGACAGGCACCCAGCUCUUGGCUGACCAGCUUCCCAGCAGAUCAGGGUUCUUCAGAGCGAUGCGACAGGAACCGGUCCACUUUGGAGAGAUUGGGGGGAAGUCACAUGUCACAUAUGUGGGAUGGUACGAGUGUGGCACGCCCAUCCCCGGGAAGUGGUAAUACCCUAGAGGUUUAUCCAGGAAGCUAAGUGAAAGGAGGAUGACCUCCUUGGUGGUGAGGAAGAGGAAGAGUUCUAGACGCCUGACUGGGCCUGAAGGGAGGUGGGCCUCUCUUUCGUGUUACCAUGGACACUGUAGAUAGGUCUGUCUGUUUGACGUCAGCCUACUCUUCCAUGUAUGAACCUGUACAGGACAUUAGGUGUCACAUAGCUCUUUGAGUGAAUUUGUAAUAUCAUUGGUCAUAGUUUCACUAUUUAUCAACCAUGAUGUCAUAAUACAGAGAAAUGGAUGCUGGGGAUUUUGACUGAAUCAAAAUCUUGAAUAUGAUCACAGAGAAAAUGUUGGGAAGCUGGCUCCCAAAAUGUAAUAACUUGUAUGUUAUUUAUCAAGGGAUUGUUAAUGAAUAUUCUGUGCGUCUUCUGUCUUUUGAGAUGAGACAAGCAAAAAUGUUUUUUACUUGCAUGGUAGUGAACAUACAGAUUGGUCUUUUGUACACAGAAAAAAACAGAAGUCAAUCACUAAUUUACUGUACAGAGUAUGUAAAACACCAGCAUGCAAGUACACACACAGACAUGCAGAAUUGACCUCAAGCAAGAGAAAAAAAAAAAGAACGAAAAAUGUGUAUGUGUGCAAAUAUAUUCAAGGAUACCUUCUGCUGGCCCUAAGGGAUUAUUAAUAGUUGCAGUUUGCACAGUAUAGAACUAUUGAUAUAUGUAUAUGGUGUAAAAACUAAGUGAACCACAUAUCAUGGCUGUUUUUUAAGCAGGGACGUGAGGUAAGAAUUGCUUCAGCCAAGUUACAAGUAGAAAACGCUCAAGCCCUUAGGUUCCAAGGGUCACUUGGAACAAACAGCCUCCUGCUGUUUUUGAGUCCUUAAUGUCCUCGCUGUCUUCAAUUUAAGCUUGUCCUAUGCCAGUACUUUUUACACUUCAGUUGAAAAGGACAAAUUGUGCUGCAAUGUGGCAACAGCAGUUUCAAGCA